AUGUCGCAAAACGCGCCUAGUUCGUCCUUCAGGGCACAACAAAUGCCCAUUGGGACACCCCCCCCUGUGGGAAACACUUCUAGGCCUUUCGUAACGAAUUUCACCUUGCCUCCGCCUGGUAGGGAACAGCCCUUCGGAAUGCCAACUUCGGUGAUGGCAAGUUUACAUAAUUCCCCGUUAAUAUAUUCAGAUUCGAUGGCCAACGUGUCUUCACCCUUACAAGGGUCAGGAUAUGGUGGAAACAUGGGUAGAUUGAAUCAACAACCACUUUACGUGCCGCCAAUAACGAAUAAUUCAGCGCAAGUGAUUAGACAGCAGAUGGACGAGAGUAAUCACGAUAUGGUCCAAAUGUUGACGCAACAAAUGGGAGCGGUGUUUAAUCCACUAAUACAGAACACCACUCAAACAAACCAAGUAUUGGCAGCGCAAAUGACGCGCAUUGCUGAUUUCUUUGGAGUCCCUCAAACUCGACACAGAGAGCAAGUGGUUCAUAACCCAGCGGUAGCGGUCCAGGAAGAGCCUACGAUAAACCAGAUACCGUUAGACAAUCCUCAAACGAACGUCAGAAACCAAGAGGAUGUAGUCGAACAGCCUCGUGUCGAAAUCCCCAUUCCACAAGAGCCUAGAAGGAUAGUAAUCCAGAGAGGCCAGGACGCGGAUGCUGUAUUGCAACAACGGAUACGGUAUAAUAAUCCGCCUGUCGAAAACAACUUGGCAGCCAUGGUCGAAACGAUAAUGGCACAAAACGGGAUGAACAUGGGUUUACAAAGGCCUAGUUACGCAUCCCCACUAUCAGAGUACAUUCUGCAAGAAGAACUGCCACCGAGGUGGAAAGUCCCUAAGUUCACAAAGUUUUCAGGGGACACUAGUGAGUCCACUAUAGAACAUGUGGCACGUUAUCUGAUCGAGGCAGGGGAGAUAGCCCGUAACGAAAAUUUGAAAAUAAAAUAUUUCCCUAGUUCUUUAACAAAGAACGCGUUUACUUGGUUUACAUCUUUGCCUGCAAACUCAGUAUACACGUGGACCCAAUUAGAAAGGUUGUUCCAUGAACAAUUCUACAUGGGACAAACGAAAAUAAGCCUGAAAGAAUUAGCCAGUGUCAAGAGAAAACACUCCGAACCAAUAGAUGAUUACUUAAAUAGGUUCAGAUUGCUAAAGGCUAGAUAUACCCAGUAUCUGAGGGAUAUGGCACAAUUAGCGGAUAGAGUGAGACAGGUCGAAAGAUUAAGGGACGAAAAAUUCAGGGCAAAUAAGAAUAAAAAAGAGAGGGUAGCCUACGUAGGGGUUCGCCAAGAUGACGAGUUCGACGAAAACGAACCAAAUAAUUUCGACGAACAAGAGAUCGACCUAGCAGAACUAAAACAAGGCCCGCCUUAUUCGUGUAAAGUACUAACGCCGUCGAACGGAAACCCAGUCGAAGCCAACGAUAAGUUCCCCAAAAGGACUUAUACGUUCGACAUUACUAAAUGUGACGAAAUCUUCGAUCUGUUGGUUAAAGAUGGUCAAUUAAUAAAACCACCAGGCGCUAAAGAACCGCCUGUGGAACAACAGAAAAAGAGAGGGUUUUGUAAGUACCAUAAUUUUCUGGGCCAUAAGACGUCUCGUUGUUUCCUUUUCAGGGAUCUUGUGCAGAAUGCUAUCCGUGACGGAAGGCUCAAGUUCGGUGAUAAACCAAAACAACAAAUGAAGAUCGACUCGAAUCCUAUGCAAGCAGUCGAAGCCCACUACGCUGAACCAUCCGUCAUAAAUAUGGUGGAGGCCAAAGUUGCUCCUGAUGGCAAUUCGGAAAUGGUGGAAGCCCCUGGAAGCUUCGACGCAAAUGUCAACAUGGUCGAGAUUACUGAUGAUCUCGCAAGCCAGAAAAGAAUAGAAACUACUGAAGGUUUCGACAAGAAGACUACGAUAGAGUCAUGGAAAUUGAGGAUGAAGGAGACGAAAUGGAGGAAGAAACAAUGGCACACAAGCCCGUCUGCUACUAUGUAA